CUAGAGAUCUCGGUGCGACUUCACCGCAUAUGUACACACGUCAAAAUCCACUUAGCUCAUGGCAAUAUUCAAUUCAUUCUUUAGAUGCGCGAGAAUAGAUGAAUAAACCGGAUAAUUCCUAACACCUGCUGAGAGACCGUUAGAUAACGGUGACGGUUUGUGUCAUGAGGAACUCAAGGGGGUUGAAACAUAAGGAAACGGUAGAAACCAGAUGUUGUUGCGCUUUAUUAAAAGAUCACCUGUGAUGCUUACUGGUGGCGCAUGCUAUUAAUAGUCUGGAAAUACAGCAGUCAGGAGAUCCGGGGAAUCACUGGUCUCUCUCUCUCUCUCUCUCUCUCUCUCUCUCUCUCUCUGUGUCUGUGUCUGUGCGUGCGUGCGUACGUGUGUGUAGCGUGCAUUUGUCUGUGUUUGUGUAGAGGAAAGACAGCUCUCUUUUUUGGGGGAAAAAUAGAGCAGCUCGAGAUGUGCUUGUCAAAUGAAAGCAGCCUUUGGUUUUGACUUGACAGAAUGAUCGUUCUUAUCUUAGGGAGACCUGUAUUGUUUGGAAUGGUGCACUGCAAGCAUGAUCCAACCCAGCCUGGUCUCAGAGCAAAAUGUAUUAUACCUUAAGCCUUUAAACUAAAACGUUAGUGACAACAAAUGUGAAUUUGUAACAUAUCAUAUGUAAUACAAAUGUGUAAUAUAUUGUACGAAUUGUAAUUCAUAACAUACUUUAUGUGCUACAAUUCGUAUUAUAUUGUAUGACACUAUAACAUUGGUAGGCCAGUGUUAUGUAACCUAACAUAACAUAUCAUAUUAACUGGAGUGGCAUGGUUUUAGAAAUAUACUACUUUUGCUCUGUGGGCUCCUCCUCACCUCUCCAGUACUUCAACAUUACAUGUGUCUGAGCAGAGCAGAGACAGCGCUGCUGGUGGUCUGCCCCUAGAGCGCGAAAGAGAGAGAGAGAGACAGGGAGUGAGCGAAGGGGAGAGAGAGAUGUGCUCCUGUGUGGCACAUUGGUUCAGGCUACUUUUCUGACGACGAAACAGUCAACCUGUGGAUAGCAGCCGGUGGAGUGAGGAUAUUAAAGUCACGAGCUCUACUGUCACUGCUGCGGACACCCCACCCCCUUCCUCUCCAGCUCAAGCCGCUGAAAUCUAGGAUGCACGGGCUGCCAGCAGCUCCCGUUUAAUUCAUGAAAGGAGAGGGACCGACGCCAAGUCUGGGGGCGCGCGCCGAGCCCGCUUUAUGAAUGGCCCGAACAUGGAGGAAAUUCCGUUUGAAAGAGUCCAGACCCGGAAGGAGGGUCACUGUCCGGCCGCCACCGGUACAACCAUCGCUGCCGUCGCGUGCGAGGACGAGUUCGAAAGCAAAGAGCUCGAGACGCUCUUCCAAAACUACAACCUGAAGCUGGAGCAGACCGCGACGCUCAAAGCCCUCGCGGUGCUCAUCGUGGCCGCCUCGUCGCUCGCGCUGAUGGAGCUUCUGUCCGGUCCCCGGCUCACGGUGUCCAAGGGCUCUCACCCGGUGCACAGCGUAGUGUUCGUCUCUCUCUUUAUAGUCACCAACGUCAAGUACCUGCAAGUGACGCAGCUGCAGCAGAUUGCCAAGCUCGCGCUGCUCUUCAGCUUCACCUUCGCGCUCCUCUGCUGCCCGUUCCCCCUCGCGCUUGGCGCCGCCGGCGUGGGGGCUCCCCCCGCACCGGAGCAAGGCGUGUGGCAGCUCAUGCUGGUCACUCUCGUGGCAUACGUGCUGCUCCCGGUGCGGACGCUGCUCGCGGUGCUGUUUGGUAUGAUGGUGGCCGUUUCCCACUUCAUCGUCACCACGACAUCAGUCACGUCCAGAAAACACAAGCUCUGGAGACCGCUGGUGGCCAACGCUGUACUGUUCACCAGUGUCAACCUAUCUGGAGUCUUUGUCAGGGUGCUGACUGAGCGUGCUCAAAGGAAGGUCUUUCUGCAGGCUAGGAGCUGCAUAGAGGAAAGGCUACGACUAGAGGAUGAGAAUGAGAAGCAGGAGCGCCUCCUGAUGAGCCUGUUGCCCAGGAACGUUGCCAUGGAGAUGAAGGAGGACUUCCUGAAGCCGCCCGAGAGGAUCUUUCAUAAGAUCUACAUCCAGCGUCAUGACAACGUCAGUAUCUUGUUUGCAGACAUUGUGGGGUUUACCAGUCUGGCGUCUCAGUGUACUGCCCAGGAACUGGUCAAACUGCUCAACGAACUCUUCGGGAAGUUUGACGAGCUGGCCACAGAGAACCACUGUCGGCGUAUAAAGAUUCUGGGGGACUGUUACUACUGUGUGUCAGGUCUGACCCAACCCAAGGCAGACCAUGCACACUGUUGUGUAGAGAUGGGCCUGGACAUGAUCGACACUAUCACGUCUGUGGUGGAGGCUACAGAGGUGGAUCUGAACAUGCGUGUGGGUCUGCACACGGGCCGGGUACUCUGUGGGGUUCUGGGACUCCGGAAGUGGCAGUAUGAUGUCUGGUCCAAUGAUGUCACUCUGGCCAAUGUGAUGGAGGCAGGAGGACUGCCUGGUAAGGUCCACAUAACCAGGACUACUCUAGAGUGUUUGAAUGGAGACUAUGAGGUGGAGCCUGGCUUUGGCCAUGAUAGACACGCCUUCCUACAGAAACACAACAUUGAGACCUUCUUCAUAGUACCCUCCCACAGGCGAAAGAUCUUCCCAGGUUUGAUCCUGUCGGAUAUCAAGCCAGCCAAGAAGAUGAAGUUUAAGACAGUGUGCUACCUGCUGGUUCAGCUCAUGCACUGUAGGAAGAUGUUCAAGGCGGAGAUCCCCUUCUCUAACGUCAUGACCUGCGACGACGAUGACAAGAGGCGUGCGUUGCGGACGGCAUCGGAGAAGGUGCGUAGCCGGACGUCGUUCUCGGGCUCCGUGCAGCACCCGCCUGGUACACGGGUUAACCGCUACAUUGGCCGGCUAAUCGAGGCUCGUCAGACAGACUCACAGACAACCGACCUCAACUUCAUCACACUCUCCUACAGGAACACAGACAGGGAGCGCAGGUAUAACCAGGAGUAUGACGGUAAUUUCAUCAGUGCAGUGAUUGUCUCUCUGGUCCUCGCUGCUCUCUUUGGCCUUAUCUAUCUUCUGAUGAUACCACAGGGACUGUUGGUGCUGCUGUUGCUGGUGAUGUGUUUGUGCUUCCAUGUGGUCUGUGUGAUGUAUCUUUACAUCACAAGUGUUCAGUGUUUUCCAGGGUGUCUCACCAUUCAGAUCCGAACAGCGCUCUGUGUGUUUCUAGUCCUGUUGACCUACUCUGUCACCCAAGCCUCUGUGGUGAGCUGUUUACCCUGGGUCUGGAUUAUGGGAGGUAACUCCAGUAGCAGCUCCGUGGAGACUGUUUCCAUGGACACGCCGAGCGAGCCAGGGCCAAUGAACAGUACGGUAGCGGAGGGGGUGUGUCCGAACGUUUCCUACGCUCUCCUCUCCUGUGUGGCCGGAACUCUCACCGUCAUCCCUUACCUCCGCGUCUCCUCGUUACCUAAGAUACUCCUGCUCUUCCUUCUCUCUGUCCUUUACACUGUUGCCAUGGAGACCAGCGGGUACCGCAUCGCCAUGAGGGGAGGUAUGCUCCACCCUCGGCGGUAUGAUCCAGUGCUGGGUCUCCUGUUGUUUUCUGUAGCUCUGGCUCUACACUGUAGACAGCUGGACCUCAAACUACGCCUAGACUACCUGUGGGCCACUCAGGCAGAGGAGGAGAGAGGCGACAUGGAGAAGGUGAAGCUGGACAACAAGAGGAUCCUGUUCAAUCUCCUACCUGCACACGUUGCGCAGCACUUCCUCAUGUCCAACCCCCGCAACAUGGACCUGUACUACCAGUCGUAUAGUCAGGUAGGAGUGCUGUUUGCCUCCAUCGCUAAUUUCAAUGACUUCUACAUUGAGCUGGACGGCAACAACAUGGGAGUGGAGUGUCUCAGGCUGCUCAACGAGAUCAUCGCAGACUUUGACGAGCUGAUGGAUAAAGAGUGCUAUAAGGACAUUGAGAAGAUCAAAACUAUCGGCAGCACAUACAUGGCUGCAGUAGGCCUGGUACCUACCACUGGCUCCAAGGCUAAGAAGUCCACCUCCUCACACUUAUGCACAGUGGCAGAUUUUGCUGUUGAGAUGUAUGAUGUACUGGAUGCCAUCAACUACCAGUCGUACAACGACUUUGUCUUGAGAGUGGGUAUUAAUGUGGGUCCAGUAGUAGCAGGAGUGAUCGGAGCACGGAGACCUCAGUAUGAUAUCUGGGGGAACACAGUCAACGUGGCCAGCAGGAUGGACACCACCGGACUACCGGGCAAGAUACAGGUGACAGAAGAUGUGCAGCGCAUCAUCAAGGGUCAAUAUGACUUUGUGUGCCGUGGGAAGGUCAGCGUCAAGGGCAAAGGACAGAUGCUUACCUACUUCCUGGAGGGCCGGAUCCCCGGCAGGGGGUCACAGCACCAGCCCAGGAACCUGGAUCGCUCCCGGACAAGUCUAUUCAACCGUUCAGCCAUUAGCAACAUCUGCACCAAACUGAACCCCGCCCCCACCAUGACCACCUAUUCCACAAUGCGAAACCCCACCCCCGGCACAGCCACAGCAGCAACCACCUCCACAAACAGCACCAUCCUCUACCUGCCCUCUGUGGCUGUUCCCACGGCGAUGGAGGUGUGAGUGAGUGGCUGACAUGAAGACUGUCUCCAUAGUGACCAAGGAAUCUUCCUUGACUGUGGCGAUCGAGAGAGAUAGAGUAGAGCUGUUAGAAUGUCACUGAAAGUGAGAGUGAAAUAGAGAUGAGAAAGAAGGAGUGGGUUCCACUUUACUGGACUGUCACUAGAGAAUGUGGUUCCACUUUACUGGACUGUCACUAGAGAAUAUGGUUCCACUUUACUGGACUGUCACUAGAGAAUGUGGUUCCACUUUACUGGACUGUCACUAGAGAAUAUGGUUCCACUUUACUGGACUGUGACUAGAGAAUGUGGUUCCACUUUACUGGACUGUCACUAGAGAAUGUGGUUCCACUUUACUGGACUGUCCCUAGAGAAUAUGGUUCCACUUUACUGGACUGUCACUAGAGAAUAUGGUUCCACUUUACUGGACUGUCACUAGAGAAUGUGGUUCCACUUUACUGGACUGUCACUAGAGAAUAUGGUUCCACUUUACUGGACUGUCACUAGAGAAUGUGGUUCCACUUUACUGGACUGUCACUAGAGAAUAUGGUUCCACUUUACUGGACUGUCACUAGAGAAUGUGGUUCCACUUUACUGGACUGUCACUAGAGAAUGUGGUUCCACUUUACUGGACUGUCCCUAGAGAAUAUGGUUCCACUUUACUGGACUGUCACUAGAGAAUAUGGUUCCACUUUACUGGACUGUCACUAGAGAAUGUGGUUCCACUUUACUGGACUGUCACUAGAGAAUAUGGUUCCACUUUACUGGACUGUCACUAGAGAAUGUGGUUCCACUUUACUGGACUGUCACUAGAGAAUGUGGUUCCACUUUACUGGACUGUCACUAGAGAAUAUGGUUCCACUUUACUGGACUGUCACUAGAGAAUGCGCUUCCACAGUGCAGACGGAAAGAAAAAUAGUCCUAGACCCAGUCCUUUCUCUCUCUGUGAGGAGAUGGAACUUAAGGAUUUUGGUCACUGGCCAGCCGGGCUAGUGGACCACAAUUUCUACUAGCCAAAGGUCCUAAAUCUGUACCAUGCAAACUUCACUCGCAUGACAUUGCCUUCAUCUUACUUUACCUAAAAAUUCCUUCACAUUAUGUAACCAUUCCCUGGUCUUACCUUACCUAACCAUUCCUUCACCUUAUCUAACCUAACCAUACCUUACCUUAACCUAACCUAACCUAACUUUUCCUUUUCCUUACCUUACCUAAUCAUUCCUUCACAUUACCUAACCUAACCAUUCCUUCACCUU